AUGAGCCACCGUAUCCUUAUCGAACCUCAACGGGUUGAUGCGCCGCUCACAUCGUCGGCAACAUUUCUCGUACUUACAAUCAACGAUGGAGACGAAGCUACGAGCAUGGUGAAAUCAACACUCGCCAGCGUCGCAGAUCUAACCAAGAACGUUGCUAUCCGCGACUCAUCCGCCUCCUUUGCCGUGACAGCCGGGAUUGGUAGCCGUGUCUGGGACCGCAUCACUGACGUCCCUCGGCCUGUGGAGUUGCGUCCUUUCAAAGAGUUGAAAGGGGCAAAACACCUUGCCGUCUCGACUCCUGGCGACUUGCUCUUCCACAUCCGCUCAGAAAGACGAGACCUCAACUUCGAAUUCGAACGACAGCUGAUGGAUGCUCUUGGUGAAUCCGUCACACUCAUAGACGAGACUGUCGGCUUCCGAUACUUUGACGUGCGUGACUUGCUGGGCUUUGUAGACGGAACAGCGAACCCUGUCGGCCCUGCUGUCGACGAUUCAGUAUUCAUAGCAGAAGAGGAUACGGAAGCCGCAGGAGGUAGCUACGUUGUCGUGCAAAAGUACGUGCACGACAUGAAAACAUGGAAGUCGAUGUCCACAGAACAACAAGAGUCUAUUAUCGGACGCACCAAGCUCGAAAACGUCGAACUAGACGAUGCGCCAGAGGGAAAGCAGCAAAGUCACAAGAGCCUGGCCACGAUCGAGGACGACGACGGUAACGAGUUCGGCAUUUUGCGCGACAAUAUGCCGUUUGGGUCGCCUGGGAGCAAGGAGUUUGGGACGUAUUUCAUUGGGUAUUCCAGACGGUUGUGGGUCAUUGAGAAGAUGCUGGAACGGAUGUAUGUGGGCAAUCCGCCGGGUCUGCAUGAUCGUAUAUUGGAUUAUUCGACCCCGCUGACAGGGACUACGUUCUUUGUACCGUCGGCAACGAUGCUUGCGAGCUUGGAAUGA